UGCUCCGAAUGUGAAAUUUUUGUAUAGUUAUCCAACGACAGAAUGGAACAUAUAGCGAAUUUUACCUUCGAGCUUGGAUAUGAACACUUACUGGCUGAAAUUCUUACUAAAUAUUUCAUCGGUAUAUACACAAUCUGCCGAGUACUAGAGCGGCCAGAUCUAUCAGUAAAAUCUCCUGCAAGCUUACCAACAACGGUACCGUUCGUUGUUGUUUCCGAACAGAGAUCAUUAUGGUUGGAAGUUCCCCUAAAGCCGGCAAUCGAAUUGGGCUGUACGGUAUUUAUAGUAGAGGAAAAUGCAACAAUUUCCUUCCUGAAUAAGUACAUAAGCAUUCACGAUGAGUGCAUGUUUCGGCGACCCGAAAAAUUUGUCAUUUUUGCCCUCCACUCAGAUGACAACGUAGAUUUACUCAAGCGUAUACAGAACCACGCAUCUCUUCAGGAGAUACCAAAUCUACUACUGAUUGUCCCGCAAGGCGAUAAACUCAAGCUGAUGACCCAUCGCUAUGUUGGUAAUCCACCCGGGGCGUUGGAUCUGCUAGACCUGGAUACGUACGUACCGUCAAACAGGAGCUUCAUAAAGGAAAAUAACCUUUUCCCGGACAAACUCGCCAAUCUUAUGGGGAAAACAUAUAAGUUGGCCUCGUUUCACCUUCUGCCGUGGAUUAUGAUGCGUCGACAGGAUGACGGUCUUGUGCGUUACUUGAACCAAUCGCACACCAUAGAUGGAUUGGACGGAUACGUUUUAGUUCAGUUUUGUAUAUGGUACAACUGCACCUGGGACCUCUCAAUCGACCAAGAGAAACAAUACGGUCAGGUUUUCGACAACAACCGUACGGGCAACGGCAUGACCGGUGCACUUUUCUACCGCAAGGCCGACUUCGCGUUAGCUGCUGUCGGUGGAUGGUUUCAGCUGUUCAGUUAUUUCAGUUUUUCCAUUCCAAUUCAAUGGAUUGGAAUCACUUGUCUUGCCCCAAGACCAACGCUAGUACCAUCGUGGAAGAUCAUUUUCAUGAUGUUCACAAAAACCGUGUGGGCUGUAGUUGUAGUUACAUUUAUCCUUAUUUCGUUCAUCGAGAACAUUUGGCCGAAGAAACUCGACGCACCUUUGGCGCAUCGUAAAGGUUUAUCAUGGAGCUUCUUGAAUGUACUGGCCGCGUUUUUAUUGUUGCCGUCUUAUCUGCGAAGAAGUCGUCCUUCGGAAAUCGUUAUGUCACUGGCGCUGGUCAUGGGCACUUUCCUUAUCGGCUACGUUUACAUAGGAAAGAUUCACAGUAUAUUAGCGGUUCCAGUUUUUCAGCCUCCCAUUGAUACGGUAAUCGAUCUGGCCGAAAGUGGCCUACCGUGGAAUGCCCCCCAUGAAGUUUGGAUGUAUUUGCUGAAAGGGAGUGAAAAUCCGUACAUCCUUAAAUUAUUGCAAACGUUCAAUGUUGCACCGAUUCCAAAUUUACAUGCCAUCGCGGAUAUUGGUAAAGAACCACUAGUUAUGGCAUCCCUCCAUAAUGGCCACUCAAUGGUUGGACCGUGGUUCACUGCUGACAACAUCGAAAACUACCGUCGACUAACAGAAUUUCUGUACUACGAGUAUGAUACCGGUUACGCUACCAAAACAUGGCCCCUGCUGGAUAAUUUCGAUUACCUAUCGAUGUGGAUCCGAGAUGCUUGCCUUUUUCAAUACGUUGAACUGAUGGAGGUAUUUCGCUAUAUGGACUAUCGGGUGCAGAUCUCGAUCGAACAUUCCAGGGACAAGCAGAAAAACGAACUGAAACCAUUCGGGGUGGAAGAAGUGGCCGGAGGAUUACUAAUUCUUGGUUUCGGUUAUUCGGUUGCGGCCGGAAUCUUCAUUUUCGAACUUUUCACCAAAGCGGUAGAACGUAAAAGACUGGCGAGACGACUGGCGGCCAAGUGGAAAUUUAGAGCCUUUGCGGUGCAACACGGCGUUCCAAAAUCGACAGCCGACUACGCGGCCGCAUGGAAGUAAGAUAUCGAUUCGAUAAUUUGAAGCGU